GGUUUUAUUCGGCCUGGAUUUUGCUCGUCUGCCUCGUUCAAGUUUCUAUUAUUUAAAAUUAAAACUUGUUUUUAUUUUUAAUUUAUUCCAAACAAUAAGAAUAUUUCCAUUGUAUUUUAUAACUUUCAUAUUUAAAUUUAAUUUAUUUGAAAAAUGUCUGCUAAAGUCGGUGAUGAAAAGCCAAAGUACAAAGUUGCUGACAUCAACUUGGCGGCCUGGGGCGAGAGGGCAAUUGAAAUAGCUCGCAACGAAAUGCCGGGUCUGAUGAUGAUGCAAAAGGUUUAUGGUACCAAGAAGCCGCUGAAGGGGGCCAGGAUAGCUGGGUGUCUGCACAUGACGGUUCAAACUGCUGUCCUCAUCGAAACCCUCGUUGAAUUGGGUGCUGAGGUGCAGUGGUCGAGUUGCAACAUCUUCUCCACACAGGACCACGCUGCAGCUGCCAUUGCAAAGCGUGGCAUACCUUGCUAUGCCUGGAAGGGUGAGACAGAUGAGGAAUAUUUGUGGUGCAUUGAACAGACCUUGUUUUUCCCCGAUGGCAAGCCCUUGAACAUGAUCCUCGACGAUGGUGGAGACCUCACAAACAUCGUUCAUGAGAAACAUCCAGAGCUACUGCCUGGCAUCAAGGGCAUCUCGGAGGAGACGACGACGGGCGUGCACAACCUCUACAAGAUGCUCGGCAAGAGCCAACUCAAGGUGCCCGCCAUCAACGUCAACGAUUCCGUCACUAAGAGCAAAUUUGACAACCUGUACGGCUGUCGAGAAUCCCUGGUAGAUGGAAUCAAAAGGGCAACAGACGUCAUGCUUGCAGGAAAAGUGGCUCUGGUUGCAGGCUAUGGAGAUGUGGGUAAGGGCUGUGCCACUGCCCUCCGAGCCUUCGGGGCCAGAGUUAUCAUCAGUGAGAUUGAUCCUAUCAAUGCACUGCAAGCUGCCAUGGAAGGUUAUGAGGUGACGACAGUGGAGAAUGCACUGAGUGAGGCUCGAAUUUUUGUGACGACGACAGGCUGCAAGGAUAUCAUCACCGGAGCCCACUUCCCUCACAUGCUCGACGAUGCCAUCGUCUGCAAUAUUGGUCAUUUUGACAUUGAGGUGGACGUGAAGUGGUUGAAUGAGAAUGCGGUGUCGAGGGAGACGGUGAAGCCGCAGGUGGAUAGGUAUACACUGAAGAGCGGCAGGCACAUCAUUCUACUGGCCGAGGGACGUCUGGUCAAUUUGGGCUGUGCCAUGGGGCAUCCGAGUUUCGUUAUGAGUAACUCGUUUACUAAUCAGGUGCUGGCGCAGAUCGAACUGUGGACGAGGACAUCUCACUAUCCGCUGGGUGUACAUUUCUUGCCUAAAAAAUUGGAUGAAGAAGUGGCCUCUCUACAUCUGGACCACCUGGGAGUCAAACUCACCAAACUGACCCCCGAACAAUCGGCAUACCUGGGAAUUCCCAUCGAGGGCCCAUACAAGCCUGACCACUACAGAUAUUGAUUGAUUGAUUGAUUGAUUGAUCGAUUGGUUGAUUGAUUGUUUGAUUGAUCGAUUGAUCGGUUAAUCGAUUGACAUCAGUAAUAUUAGCUACACGUUUCGUGAUUUCUUUCCACAUGCAUAUUUUAAUUUAUAUUGAUUCUGUGAGAAAGUUUAUGACGCCAACUUCAUUUUAUUGGUCGGGUGUUGGUCGAGCUUGGCAUUAAUUAUGUUAAUAAACUAGGCUGGCUGGUUUGUUUUUAAUCGUUAAUGAUGAUAAUGACGUUUUCACAGACGAUUUGCAAACCCUGCUCUGGUGUCAAUAUUUGUGCUAGGAAUUUAAUUUAUCAAUUUAUUUUUAAAAAAAAUCAUACGACAU